CGAAGUCUCUCGACGUCUCCGCGGCCAUGCGUCGCACGUAGAACGGGUACAAUAGAGCGGAAAAUCCCCGGAACCGCGAAAAUUUCCACACCGGUAGGAAAACUCGAGCGAGUUUUCCGGCGAUCGCGCGAGUGUUUGUUGGUGCGUGCGAGUGUCGGUUUGAGUGCGGAAAAUAUGCGGUAAAUGGCGUACAAGUAUCGCGAGGAGAUCGUGGGCAAGAGGUUCCUGUCGUUGAGCGGCGGCGGCGGCGGCGGCGGCGGCGGCGGCGACGAGGGGACGGCGACCGGGAGGAUCGGAGAUUGGGGCUGGAGGAGCGGCGUCGUGCGCGCCGCGACGCACCGGGACGUCGCCGACUGCGAUUUGCAGGUGCUGGUCGAGUACGAUGACUCGGAAUGGCAGCGACGCGAGUGGCUCAGCGUGCAUCAGAAAGACGGCCUAUUUCGCCUGUUUAUGGUGGAGCGCGGGCUGGUGUGGGCGCGUCGCGAGGACCCCUUCAGUACCGCCCGCGAGACGGUACUUUGGCCCGCUCUGACUUUUUCCUCGUUGGUAUCGAAGUUGGACCUGCCCGGUGAUCUCCAGCCCGUGGAGUUUCUGGUGGAUAGGACGUUGGCCUUCGAGGAUUACGCCCGAUUGAAGCCCUAUCAGAAGUGGGACGCCGCGUUGCCGGGCUUGAGGGCCUAUCCCGAAGUCGAGGCGGCGGUGAAACGUUGGACGGAACUGCAGGACGGCCAGAGCAUCCUGCUGACGACGCCGAGCGUCCUCUUGGGCUACAGGGUGGAGGUGUACCGGGCCGAGGGCACCACGCAAUGGUAUACGGCUGUGAUAAUCGGCUACAACGAAGCUACUAGGAAUCGCUUCGUCAGAGGAUCGCCGAGCGGCAUCGAUUCGAGACGGUACGGUUGCAGAACGACCGGGAUAACUCCCGAUACUCCUGAUAAAGGUAACAACAAUCAUCCAUCUUUAUUAUCUUAA